CCGACUCAACAACAGGGCCGAAGAGCGCCGUCAUCUGCGGCCGCCUCACAAUCGUCUGCACAAAAUGUAGGCAAUAGGAGAGGCAGUCAACCGUCGGCUCCACAACCGAGUCAAUCGCGCGGAGGACCGCAAUCGCAACCGGCAUCCGAUGAUGAGGACGAAGACAAGGACACCGACUCUAACGGUGAGGUUCGGUUCGUGUGCCCCAAAGCGGACGGUCUAUUCCCGGACCCAAACAGUUGCCGCAAAUUCAUGCUCUGCGGGUCGUGGAAGGCGUGGUCGCAGACGUGUCCGCCCAGUCUCUACUUUGACGGCAAACUCAAGUACUGUACGUUCAAAACACCGCAACUCACGUGCGGACCCGUCAGCGAAGAGGAGACCCGCAAAGAGGAACUGGAGAGGAAUCAGGACAAACUGCUCACUUGUGACACAACCCAAUGCCAACUUCCCAAUUGCUUUUGUUCAGAAGAGGGCACUUCUAUACCCGGUGGUCUAAACGCCAACGAAACGCCGCAAAUGGUUUUAGUCAACUUCAGCGGAGCUCUCAAUGAACUAGUGUUUGAACUCUACAAAAAAGUUUUGGGAUAUACUAAUAAGUUUGGCGCCAAUCAGAAUAGACAUAACCCGAACGGGUGUGGAAUCAAAGCCACAUUCUUCAUAAACCACGAGUACUCCAAUUACGCCCAAAUCCAGUGGUUGGCCGCUCAGGGGCACGAAAUUGCCAUGCAUUCUAUCACCCAUCGUUUGCCGGAAAUCUGGUGGACAGACAAUGCAAACUAUAGCGAUUGGGCCGAAGAGAUGAUCGGCAUUCGGGAAAUCAUUUUGGCCAACUCUGGCUCCUCCUCUGUUCCGGCGGUCAGUCGCGAGACUUUAGUGGGAAUGAGAGCGCCGUAUAUUAAACCAGGUGGAGACCCUAUGUUCGAGAUGGCCAGUGAUUUUGGUCUACUAUACGACUCUAGUGUUGUGGCCCCGAAGGGAACGCCACCCUUUUGGCCCUUCACUUGGGACUAUAGGCAACCAUUUGAUUGUCACAACAAUAAGAAAUCCUCCGAAGAGAAGAAGGCCGUCGACGGCGACGACAUUCUCGGCCGUCAGAGCAGAGGUCGACAGAAGAGAAGCGCAAAAAAGCCAAAGAAUCAAAAGAAGACAACGUUUGCCGAUAAGAAAACAAACGAUAAGACCGUCGAUAGGAAACAUAGGGUUCGCCGAAACUCACCAUUUUUGGGACGACCCCUGAAAUGCCCGACCAAAGCAUAUCCCGGUCUUUGGGAGAUCCCUGUAAACCCGCUGUGGAAUGAAUACAAUACAUGCUAUCACGCGGAUCAGUGUGUCUUCCCUCACGCCACCGAUGACGACGAUAUCGAUGAUAUCACAGACUUUCUUAAGGAGAACUUUGAGCGCCAUUACAACAACAAUCGGGCGCCUUUCCAAUUGAACUUCCAUGUUACCUGGUUCACCCAAAAGGGUCACGUAAAAGCGUUGAACAGAUUUUUUGAUUACUUGUCAACACUAAAGGACACGUAUUUCGUAACGUAUCAACAGCUCAUCCAAUGGAUGAAAGAGCCGAAGCGGUUGAACGAACUGAACUUCAAGUGCGAGAACGCGACGGCCACGACCUGCACCCGACCCCACACUUGUGUGGUUAAACACUAUCUCGACAAAGACCUGUCGGCCGCCACCGAAGACAACUACAAUAAGGCCGACACCCGAUAUAUGCCGGUCUGUCACUCGAGCACUUGUCCACAACAGUACCAAUGGUUUGGUAAUCACGCCGGAAAGAAAGGGCACUUCAAAACCAUUAUGCAAUUAGUGGACGACGCCGUCGGACCCGAAGGCGCCACCAAUUAAUAUAUCUAUUUUAUUAUAUAUUAUUUUUUUAAACAAUUUAUUGUAAAUAUCAUUCAUUUUUUACUUGUUUUCAAUGAUAUAUAAAAUGCAUUUUUAUCCCAUUAUUGAUGAUUAAAUGAUAACUUUUGAUAGA